AAGGAAUGUGCUGAAGGUUCUCUGCCAGAAGGAGUCAGCAAGCAGUCAGUGCGGAUCAGGGCAUGCAGCGCUGUUACUCUUCUGGUGUUCUUAAUAAAAUGGAUAAAUCUUUCUUGUCAUGGAUUGGAUCUUGAAGAUGCCUCAGGAACAGUACGCGCACAGGAGCACCAUGCAGACCUCGGAAGGACCCCAGGUAUACAAAGUGGGGAUUUAUGGCUGGAGGAAGAGAUGCCUCUAUUUCUUUGUGCUGCUCCUAAUGAUUUUAAUCCUGGUGAACCUUGCUAUGACCAUCUGGAUUCUGAAGGUUAUGAACUUCACAAUUGAUGGAAUGGGCAACCUGAGAAUCACGGAUAAGGGUCUAAAGCUGGAAGGAGAUUCAGAAUUCUUGAAACCUCUCUACGCCAAAGAAAUCCGGUCAAGACCAGGCAACCCACUGUACUUCCAGUCUGCCAGAAAUGUGACGGUGAACAUCCUCAACGAGAAGACUAAAGUCCUUACUCGCCUUGUAACAGGUCCCCAAGCAGUGGAAGCACACAGCCAAAAAUUUGAGGUGAAAACCCUCUCUGGAAAAUUGCUGUUUUCUGCAGAUGACAAUGAAGUAGUAGUCGGAGCAGAGAGAUUGAGAGUUUUAGGAGCAGAAGGCACAGUGUUCCCUAAAUCUAUAGAAACUCCCAAUGUCAGGGCAGACCCCUUCAAGGAACUAAGACUGGAAUCACCUACACGCGCGUUGGUGAUGGAGGCUCCGAAAGGCAUUGAGAUCAACGCUGAGGCCGGCAGCUUGAAAGCCACGUGCAGGACAGAGCUCAAGCUGGAAUCCAAAGAUGGAGAGAUAACAUUGAAUUCUGCAAAAAUCAAACUACCUAACUUGCCUCAAGGAUCUUCCUCUUCUGCAGGGUCCAGGCAAAAAAUCUACGAGCUCUGUGUGUGUCCCAAUGGGAGGUUAUUUCUGUCUCAGGCAGGCUCUAGCUCGACCUGCCAGAUAAAUACAAGCGUCUGCCUUUGAGAGACAAUUUGCAGUGGGGCAUUGCAGGCAGCACAAAAGCUAAUUCUGGUCUCGCAGAUUGCAGCUGCCAACUAUUUUUACUAGAACACAGAAAGCCUAUCAAAGACUUUUUUUGUGUGCGCGCGCGUGUGUGUGAAUAUAUAUAUAUAAAAUAUAUAUAUAAAAUUAUAUAUAUCCUCUGUGUAAAAUGAUGUUUCAGUACAAGGAAUCCCAGGGUGACCCUGUUACAUUUCUGUAGCAUUUCUCUUUCCCCCACCAAAAUUUACUGGUACGAUCUACUGAAUUGGACUUGAUGCUCCCCUGGACCCUUUUGUAAUUACAUAGUCUAAUGAUCACCCCUUGUUUUUGAUCAUCUUCUAAGAGCAAUGGGAUUGCUGGCUGGUCAAGACCCUGGAAUCAAAUGUAGACCCACCAACAUACAAAGGGGAGAGUAGCAGUCUCUGAUUAUUUUUGCACCAUUAAAUCAGUGGCAUGAGAAAAACAAAAUGGCCACAUGUGCUGUGCUGGUUGCCUAGAGUGAUCCAAGAUACCUGUGGUUAAACUACACUCUUUAAUUUUCACCUGAAGCAUGACUCCCUGUUGGGAGAGAUGGAUCCUACCUGGCCAGUAGGAAAGUCCUGAUCUUCUUGCUGGAGUGAGCGUUUGAUGAAAAGAUUCGAUUCUUGCCUUCACCUGCAGUGGAUGCCUUGUGCUAUUCAGGUGUGACUCAUCAGCUCUAACCUUAACCUAAAGUCAUCUCUGUGCUAACAGAACUAGCCUUGUAUUUAGUUCUUGAAGGGAAAAAAAGAGGAAAAAAAAAAAAAAAAAGUGAAGGUUGGACUAAAAUAGAAAAGCCUUGAACCUCUUUAGUUAACAGGUGUCCUGGAUCACCCUUCGUGCUCUCUAUUACCACCUUCAAAUUUGAAAAGACCUAAUGUACCUUGUGAAGGUAAGAUUUAAGAUUUGGACAUUACCUACCAAUACCUACAGAAACAGAGAAAAUUGCCUACUCUCUCCAUAGAAACAUAGAAGUUCCUACAAAUUGGAUGUAUAAUAUGAAUGCUAUACCAGAAUUUUUGUCAUCCUUCUAUUCAGGAUAUGCAGUCCAAGAUCACAUAAAUUUUGCAGAGAUUGCAAAUAUCAGAGACGCUGACAAUGUAACAGAUUAUUAUUUUUUUCAAGAAUCUAUAAAGACGGUGACAAAUUCAGAUUACUGGAAAGCAAAGGCUUUGGAUGGUGGUUCAUCUGGAAUUUGAGUUCAAAAAACUCUGUGGUUGAAUCUCUUCAUGGGUUCAUUUUUCCUUACUGGAUAAAACAUGCAUCUGAUCCAGUAACAUAUUUUCCCUUGUUGAAAUUUUGAAAAUUACUGAGAAGAGCCCAGAUUUUUGAAUUCUGACCCAUAACUGCAUCCAUUUUGCAUGCAAAAAUCCUUGAAAAACAAUGAACUAAUUAUCACAAAGGUGCUCAAUUCACAGUAAAUCUCACAAGGACCGUAAGGUUUCUAAGUCACUGAGAUGCUAUUGAAAAUAUUACCUUGUAUGCAAAUAUGACAGAUCUGUGCCCAUCCCUAGUCAUAUCUAAGCAAAGCUGGUAUUCCUCAAGAAAUUUUCAAGAUAAAAUGUAGCUGAAAAUAAUUUUUAGAAGUAACUUAGCCCUUUCCUUUUUUUUUCUUUCUUUUUUUUUUUUUUUUUUUACAUAUUUCCACACAUUUUCGUAUGGUCUGGAGAGUACCAGGGUUUGAUUUAUUUAUUUAUUUUUCUUAAAUGAUCUAUUCUGGCCUAAUCCAAAAUUGGCUGGAUUCAAUUGGAAGAUUUCUAUGAACUUUGGGUUAGACGUUGUUGCCUAACAAAGCAACAUUCCCAUAAAAUUUAUUCCUGAAAGAGUAUUGAGUGAUUUACAUUUAUUUCAGUGAUGCUUUCAGAUCAACGAAUGAAUUCAAACUAUUUGUUAAUGAAUGAUUCCUGUAAUUAUUAUGUCUUGAGUCAAUGUUCGAAUGCAAAGGGUCACCCAGGAUAACAAUUGUAUUGGGACACAGGACUAUACCAUCUCUGUUCAAAGAGGGGAAUUGUGCCUAUGCCUUAAGUCAAUGCACUCAGCAAGGAGAAGCACAUCAUAUUUAUCUUGUUACUAAAACUAGUUCAUCUGGGGGGAGGGACAGGAGGGUGUCUUGGGAUCCGGUUGUGCAACUUAGAUGUUAAUUAAAUGCAUUUAGACUGUAGGGGCACCAAGAAUGAUACUGAUUUUUUAUUUUAUUUUAUUUUUAACAUAUUAUAUACAGCAAAAUACUGUGUACGUUACCUCUGGGACCACAACAGAAGUCCCAUUCAUAGUCCUACAUUUACUGUGGAAUUUUUUCCCUGUUUCAUUUAAUACUGAUCAUAAACCUUAUAGCAAGCAUGGCCCAAUUCAUAAACAAAUCCUGCAUGCACAAGCACUUGAGUGGUUGUGAAGACAGCUGCUGCAGGAAGAGUAUCCUGUACAGAAAACGAGUUGCAUUAACUUUCUCUUCCAUUGGGGUGUCAGUGCUAGUGAGAAACAUGGGGCUGAACACAAGGACUGAUCCACCAGGGAUGCUGCCUUCUGAUCUCCAUGCUCUGCUCCCAGGAGUCUGCUGGCUCAGUCCUCAUCCCCACACACCAUUUAGCUGCUGUGCUGAGCACUGCUUUCCCAGCAAUUUUGUUCUGAGUGGUUGGUCUUCUCAGCUGAGCUCUUGGACGAGGUUAUCACCUUCUCGUAUUAGGAACGCUAUGAAACUGCCUGAGGACAUUCAGCCAUUUAUUUUGGUAUGAAUAUCUAUGGGGGAGCUGUUAGGGAACAGCCUUAGACAUCCGUGCCAUCACUACAAAGUACCAUUAUCUGCAGAAAUCUUCUUGGACAUGACUUUAAUUACGCCUGUGUAAAGGAGUUCUGGUUACUUAGAUAUAUUUUACAAUCAUGUUCCCAUCUUAAAAAGCAUAACAUGAUAUGCUGUGUUGCUAAAGAGAUCGAACCUAUAUGGAGACUAGAAAACCAUCUAAGCCCCACUUGAGUGUUAAGACCACGGUUUGGAUGAUGAUGCCCAUUCUUGCCCUGGCCUCAUGACUCAUCCCCUGUUGUUCAGUGAGUGGCAAGCCAGAGCAAACAGGACUGCAGGUCUGAGAUCCCAGGGGAAAAAAAAAGGCACUUUAUUUAAGAGGCGGCAUGCAAACACAUCCAGCUAUCUCAUGUUUCAUAGUUUGUUGGCUGGGGGCAAUGGUGGAGUGGCCACCUCACCUGUUCCAAGAGGCAGAUGCAUGAGUCUCCCUGUUCCUCCUGCCUUGCCUGGAGUCCACUCACAUUUGCUUUACUUUAUGGGUUGGUUUUCCUUGAGUUCAUCCAUGUUGCAACCUCCCUGCCUGGCAUUUUGUACAUAUGCUCUACCUGCCAUUGAUAAAUGCCAAAAAAAACAACAAUGGCUUUGUGUAUUUCUUUAUGAAUUGGGCCUGCAAUUUUGUUCAAUUGAGCAUUUGCUAUUAGGGGAGAUGUCAUUUAUCUCAAAUCAGAGUUUAGUUUUACCUCUCAACACUAAGGCAAGGCUGGGGUGGAUGGUGAAUUUGUUUAUACCAAGCUCAGUGGAAGAGACCCCAAUGACUUCACAGCCUGAGCUACAGCAGGAGCUUGAUGGGUGAAAAUUUGCGGCACUGAUGCCGGUGGAGACACUGCCAGCUAUUUCGGUGGCUGUGGAGCUGACCUCUGACUCUGCACUGUGUGCAAUCCUGCAUUGCAGCUAUGUGCAUUAAAAACAUUGAAAUGCUGAUCAAGGGACUGUGAUACCAACGUCAACAUACCUUAGGCAACCAGUUAAUGAUAAAUGCUUUUGUGUGUUGUAGUUCUUGAUUUUACAGGGCUUUGGGACCUUGUUAAAUUUGCUUUAAAUGCUACACUGCAGUACACAGUCGGGAAAAUGGCUGUCAGUGCUUACUUGUAUUCCAGUACCUGAGCCAUAUGUCAUGUAUGACCCUUCUUUGUAGAUGUGGGGAGGGUUAAAGCAAAAAGACUUUGCCAUUAGAAAAAAAAAAGAGAUCCUAAUACCAAUUGUACAACUGUAUCCAUUCUCCAUGUAUUUGGGUUUGUUUCUUUUGUUGUCUUAUUUUGUUGUUUUGUUUUGUUUUUACUCUUGUAUGAAGAAUCUUACCCAGUAGUCAGUGAAAUGGGCAGCUUUAGAGUAAAAAGAAAUGUUAACACUAAAGGAAGUCCUUGAAACGGGAAAGCCAGUAACUACUUAAAUAGGUAUAAGACCUCUCCUAGGUAUACAUUUUUAGAAAACUAAGCAUGUGCAGGAGUGAUUUUUAUUUGUUUCUCUCAGUCAUGUCUUGUCAAACAUCUGUAUUUUAAGAGUUAGGUUUUUUGUUUUUGUUUUGUUUUUUCCCCUCAAUUAUAAAUAUUGUAAUGCACAAGCAAAGAAGUUUAAGGCAUAAGCCUAAAAAUACCAUCUGCAAUAUGUGGUACAGCAAAAUGAUGUCAAGAAAACCCUCCCUAGAAAUUGUUUCAAGACUAAGGAGCAAUUCCUAUGGAACUUCUGAAGAUGUCCAGUCAGUUUGCAUCACACCUGGUUUGCAGUGAGAUACGAUUUUAAAGGAAAUUAACUUUUGUUGUCAUAAAAUACAUGCAUGCAUGCACAUAUAUAUAUUCACAUGCUCACAUACAAUUUUCUUUCUAUUUGCUCUUAUGGCUUUAAGUUUCACAUUGCAAAAGACAGUGAGACAAAGACCAAAGACUUACAGAAAUUAAUCCCUUCUCUGGUUGCCCUCAUGCCUGAAAUGCAUUAACUUUAAUGGUGCUUUUUGGAACUGGCCAGGAGAAAUACAGGUUUAUUGCAUAGCUGCAUUUGAGAGAAUACAGUGGCAGGAAAACUUUAAUUUCCUUAACAGGGAGGAAAGGAAAUAAAGUGAAGUUCUUUAAAUGUAUACAGAGGGUAAGGUUACCUGAAAAUUGAAACAUGCAGAAAUAGCCAAAAAAAAAAAAUAAAAAUAAAAGACAUGCUCCCAGGCUAAAAGUAUAAAUAAACUGAGGAAAUAUUACUGGCUGUGCACUUUCCUGCACUUGAGCAUCAGCCAGUGAGGGAUGCUGGUAGGUUUUGGCAGGGGGGCAUUGUGGAUUUCUCAAGAGCAGGCAGGCAUGGGGCUCUCGGGCUCUGUUUCAGGGAGGACAUGAGCAAGAGAAGGAUGGCUCCUGUAAAGCCAUCUGAAUCUUCAGUCUUAAGAAUUCUUAAUACCCUGCUUGGUGAAGAAGAAUAACUGUGUUGUAAUGAUUUAAUGAUUUCAUUUUAAAGUGCAUGUAGUAAAAAUAAGAAAGUUAGGAGCUGUUUUUUUGUGUGUGUGUGUUUUUCUUUUUCUGUGUGUUUUUUUUUGUGCGUUGUUUUUGUUUGUUUGUUUGUUUGUUUUGCUUUGCUUUGUUUUGUUUUUUAACAGCUGACAUUUUAAAUUUGGAAAUGUCAUCACCCAGAAAUCACCUGAAAUCACCUGAGCAGACGCAGGGAGCAUUCCUGUCAAGCUCUGGCAAUCAGGAGAUUGGUGUUUUUCAAAUCUGAACACAGCAGCUUCUUUAUUCUCAUUGCUGUUGUUGCUGAGGAAUGCAAUCACAGUAACAUUUCAGUUUUCCCUGUUUUAAGCUUUUCCAUCCCUUCUGAAAUUGCUGUGUAAUGUUUUGGUAGCCGGUGUUGUGCCACACACACGGGGCUGUGUUCAGGUGGCUGCGGUCCCCAAAUGCCAUCUCAGCUUCUCAUGCCUCCAAAGACCAAAAUCAGCAAGCAUCAAGCAUGAAGCAGUAGCACUAAGGUGAAAUGUAGGCCUUUUGGGUAAAUACUCCAUGGCAGUUGCGGUGUUUACACUGCUGAUGCAGCCAAGUUUAUGGCUGUGAUUGGAGCAGGGUUAAACACUGAUGUGGUGCUGAUGAGAUUAUUCAAGCAGGAGCGGAGUAAAUUAAAGAAGGCAGGUAGGAGGGAGAGGGAAGAAAUGGCAAGAGACAUCACCCUAAUCAUGGUAAUCCAGCAAACUUCUUUGUCUGUUUACACUAUUAUACUUUAAAUUAAUAACAUCCAUUUUACUAAAUAUGGUAGCAAUUAUGUUUGAUCUUUCCUAGUGCACAGUGGAAUUGCUGUCACUGAAAGCACUUACAGCCUGUGCUGGAUAAGAUUGCUAGGGUGUUGUUUCCGUCCACAAUAACCACAAUGGCUUGGGGCUUGGAUGGAAAUUAUAGUGAAUAGCUUGUAUUUAGAAAGCUUUUAAAUCUACUGUGGUUGAGAAGCACAUGGUUAUGCACAUACAGCCCUGAGGCUUUAUCAUUUAAAACUCUCUUGUCCUGCCACUUGAAUUGCAUUGUGCCCUUGUGAAAAGUGACACGCUUUCUUUAUGCAGGAAAACAUGGAUAUUUUAAAGCUGCAGGAUUUUUUUCUGAAGUGAACAAGAAAGUAUAACCAAAGUGUACCACUGAGAUUUCCUAUCCAAGUCACUUUAAACUAGAGAUGUGAGUACCUUAAAAAUUAAUUUGCUACAAGUGUAAUUCCUGCAGCUCUGGUGUCACUUCCAGGAAAUGUCUCACCUUAUUACAGCUCGACGUCUGUGGUGGCUGGGAUCUUCUGCCACUGGUAAAUCAGUAGCAGUGGGCUGCCUGGUCAGAUGAAGCCACAUUUCCUUUGGGGCCACUCAUCUCCAUGGACAGGGUGAGUUUUGUUAGCUUUUAACCAGUACUUAAAAGUAGGAAGGAUGUGUCCACUGUGACGCAAUAUGUAGUUGGUCAAAUCUUUCUGCUUGCAAGAGAAAAUGUCGGAAAGAAAAAUUUGUGCAGAAGUAUUGCAUUUACAUUGUUUCCUGCUCUCAAUGCUUUAGAUAAAAACCUGCAGCCUUAGUAAAAAUGUCUUUUCUUUUUUUUUUCCUAAGAUUAAAAGGACAUGUUGGAGCCUUUCGUCAGGUCCAUCCCAAAUAGAAAGUCUCACUAUUUCUAACACUUUCACUAUGACAGGAAUAGGCCCAUUGCAAUGCAUAGGUCAUGUGCAUCUUUGCAUGUAGCAAGAAUUUAGAAUUGCAUUGUUCUUUUACAUUUUUGCCCCAUACUAAAGGCUUAACCACUGAUAGGAAAUAAAGCUUUCUGAAGCCUGCCUACAGCUAAAUGCGUUAUCGCUUUCUAAAGCAAUGUAGUUUCUUUGUUCUUUUAAAGAUUUCCUCAUAACAGAGUCCUUGAAACAUCUUGAGGCAGGCUUACGCUGGAGAGCAGAAGAAUAAUUAUUUGUGGGUGGUUCUAUUUUUACCGAAGGCUGGAUUAUAGUUGAAAAAAUGUUGCUGUUAGAGUUUCUCCCACACUUACUUAGCUGCAAACACCACCACCCCCAACACUACAGCGAGAUUUCUCCCAGGAUAGCCGCCUGCAGAGCAGGGAGUUAGCUGCUCCACUAAGCAAGAGCCUGCUAAUUUUGUCUUCAUUUGGGUCCUCCUCUGGGUUUGCGCACUCACUACCAGUGCUAUUUUUGAUGUAGCAGCUAAUGAAACACUUUGGCAAUGCUAAUGAUUUUACAGAUGGAUGUGUCCAUGCAGUCUAAGUGGUAUAAAUUAUGGUGGUGGUUAUUGGUUGCUGUUUUAACAAGGCCUUGAUCACCUUGAAGGCAUCCAGGGGAUGCCCCUGGUACGCUGCCUGCCCUUGGGCAGCCUGUGAGGAGGGGAGGCUGAGGGCUGGCCUUGCCCUUUCUCAUUGAUCUCCGUCCCAUUGCCAGGUCCUCUGCACUAGAAACAGCAGCAAGGAACGGUGCCUGCCUUGCAAGGCUGGGCUGGAGCAGUGCAGAAGCUUUCACAGGACAGGCUCUUGACUCUGUAGCUGGUGUAAAUCAGGAUGGGGCUCCGCAUAACUCACAGGUAAUCUAUACUGAGGGUUUCCCCCUGAAGGUUUGAGUACCCUGUCUAAACCACCACGAUCCAUGCUCAGCCAGGUAAUUUCAUGAGCAGUACGUGCAGCAGGAGGUCUCGCCAGGGCUCUGAGGCUCUGCUGCUCCCAUGGUCGGGGCUACACUGUGCGUGGAGUGGCUUCCGCAGAGCAUACACUGCAGGAGGAAUUUGCUUUCUUGUCCCCUCCUGUGGGUUUUCAGAGAGAGUACAGAAGUUAGGAGUAACAAAUCCUGCCCUUGCUCAGCAGAGUGAGAGCGCGCCAGAAGCCUCAUAAAGAGCAGAUCUGAGCAAUUAUCACACCCGGUGUUUAUCAAAGAAGGGCUUGGUUGAUAGCACUCACACCCGGAUUUCUCCCUAGAUCAGAGCUUUUCCUGAGCCAUGAGCCAGAUCUCGAUCUGGAUCUGCACUGUGCAGUACUCUGGGUGCAGGGAAGGGAUUGACCUGCUGGAUCUGACUCAGAUCCGUUUGAUUUUUUAUUUUAAUUUAUUUUAGUUUUUGCCCACCCCUUAUCGAAUUAGUUUCCUUGUGCACGAAUGCCGAUAGAGUUGCUGAUAUUAACCCAACACAUGCUCCGCGUAAUUAGACCCAACAGCAGAACAACAUUCAGUGUGAGUUGAAGCAAAUCCCCACUCAUCUACAACAGUAGCAUAAAGGCAUGACCCAUAUGCUAUGGCAGUUUUCAUCUGUGAUGGUUAAAAUACCUUGUCUGACCUCUACUCUGAUAACCACCAAUGACCUUGAUAUUGUAAACAGGACGAAAUGAAUUUAAAGUCUUAUCAUAGUUCUCAUUAAGAAAUUCAGAUUUGUUUGGCUUUUUUCUUUUUAAUUUAUGUAUGUGUGUGGUUGUGUGGGAAAAUAUAAAGCUUUUUUGUAUCAAAUAACAUCAAUCCUUGCACACUCUAUGCAAAAUUUUGUAAGCAUUGCAAUAAUGCUAUGAAUUACACAAGGAACUAUUUUAACUUUAUUACACUUUCUGUAUAAAAAAAAUUUGUAUUUAAAUGAUUUCAACUGCAAUCUUGUAAAAUAUAUUAAUAAAAUAAUGAUUGUUAAGAAGGAAA